ACGUGUACAAUGACGUUAAAAUGGAAAAUCGAAACUGACAUGGAUUUCCCGAGUAAUGUUCAACACCUGAUCUCAAGGGACAAUAAAGUGUUCAAGGUUUGAAUAAAGUCCGGUAUUAACGCAGAACUGUCAAGCGAGUCUGUCUCAUAGUCGUGAUAUCUGAAGAGCUCGCUGAAAAACACAACAGGCCACAGCACACACACUGUCGAUGUAACCUUACACGGCACAUUGAUGGUUUAGUUUGGUUUAGUCUGUGUGCAUCAUUCAUCAUGACCCAACCAAAGCCGCUCUUCGUUCCCUGGCUGUACCAAAAAAUAGAGAGUGGAAGUUAUCCUGGAGUGUGUUGGACCAGUAAAGAACUUCAGCAGUUUAGCAUUCCUUGGAAGCAUGCUUUGAGACAGGACAAAAACAGUGAUGAUGUCCUCAUAUUCAAGGCAUGGGCUCAGACCAGCGCUUCUGGAGACAGGAUAAAUGGAGAUCCCUCUAUUUGGAAGAGGAACUUCCGAAGCGCUCUUCGUGCCAAAGGCUUCAAGAUGGUACUUGACAACAAGAAUGACACUGCGGAUCCGCAUAAAGUGUAUCAGUUUCCGUCUGAUUGUCUUUCUGCAGGAUCGGAAGGGUCUCAAGAGACUGAUUUUUCUCCAGAACUAUAUUUGGACGAGGAAAGCGUGUUCUCUAAAAACCCAUCCCAAGGUUUAGAGGGACAAUUAACUGGACUAAACCUUCAUGAAAGUCCCUCCCGAGUUUGGAAUUCAGAGCAGUUAUACUUGGGACAACAACUCUUCCAAACAUUGGAUCCAUGUUCAGAACCCCAGUUUACUGGGAUGGCCCAUUUUCAAAGAGUGGACCCCCCCGGAGCCUUCUCUUCAGCUGGGGGUGCGGUUGGUGGCUUGGGGCAGAUUUCACCAACUGAUGCAGCGACGGCGGUGAAUCCUCAUUCUCCAGAAUAUCAGCAGCCGGCUGCAUGUCCACCACAUGCUGAAGGAAAUCAGGAUGCCAUUCCUGAACCCAAACUGGAGACAUGUUUUCGGAUUAAGGUGUAUUACAAAGGGAAGAUGGUGUUAGACAAGCUGGUGGAGGAUUCUGGAUUCAGACUGAUGUAUCAGGAAAACAUUGACGAGUCCAGAGCUGACCUACCAGUGGUGAGGCUGCCUCCUCCUCCAGAUGAUAUCCCAGAUCAGAACCAGAUCAGGCUUACGAACGAUAUCCUGAAUAAUCUGGGCGGUCUGGAGGUCAGGAGAUCGGAUGCUGUGGUUUAUGGCCACCGCUGGGGAAACACCAGGAUCUAUUGGGGUUUGUGCAAACAUGAAAAAAGCCCAACAACCAGAGAGCUCGCCAAGAACACGCCUGACCCCAUCUUCUUCUUCAAAAAUUAUAUUUCAGGUUUGAUGGAGUUUAUGGAGACAAGCAGGGAAUCUCCCUCUUAUACUCUUUACUUCUUUCUGGGAGAGAAGUGGCCGGACCCCAAAAUGAAACCGUGGGAGAAGAAACUCGUCAUGAUAGAGGUUAUUCUGACUUCACUGGAGGGUUUGAACACGUUGGCUGUUUCACGUGGGGCGUCUUCACUGCAGUCAGUGGAGCUACAACUCUCUCUGGAGCUAAUGAUGGAGUUGUGUUAGAAAGAUCGCCUCUGUCCAAGUGAAAAGGCUUGACUCUAUUCUUAUUUCGGAUUAAUUUAAAUGACUUAUUAAAGUGCCCCUAUUAUGCUAUUUUGAAGCCUUCUAAUGUUGUUUUGGAGUUUCCUACAAUAGGCUUACAUGCAUCCUAUGUCAAUCUAAUAUACUGUAUAUUACACAUCACCUCAUUUCUCAGAGAGUCUGAAACUAUUCGUUGGAAGAUUCAGUCUCUCUAAACUCCCUAAAUUACGGUGUUUUAGGGCAGGUCAAAGCAGAACUGGCAGAAAUUCCCCCCUCUAUGUGAAGCGCUUUGAGUGUCCAGAAAGGCGCUAUAUAAAUGUAAUGAAUUAUUAUUAUUAUUAUUGUUUCUGCAGGUCAGAAUCGAUUCUUUCUUUUAGGAGAUAUUAACUUUAUUUGUGGUGCACUUUGACCUUAACCUAGAAAUCUAGACGCAUCCUAGUGGCAGCAAAAAACAUUUUGCAGCCAGUGUGGUCUAGCAACUCUCCAUAGACGUUUAAGCUGGAAAAACAAACUCUGGUCAGGCCAAUCACAUCGUGUAUAGAGUUGGCGGGCGGGACAGAGUUGCGACGGUUCACUCGAUCCUCGGAUUCUGCGCCGCGCCCACUGUUACAAAAAAGCUGUGGCGAAACGAUCAACAAUCACAUGAAGUAGGGUGUGUAUGACACGCCAAUUCGUAUUUCCAUUUUUGGCGUGCUAUCAGACUCGCUUUUCAGCGUGUUUAUGAACGCC